AUCCCGCAUUCCUGUCUAGUCUAGAAUCUAGACAUUGUCUCCGUUCUCCUCCGUCCAUCUAUCACGACGUCACUGUGAUUGCUACGCUCGAGGCGUACAAUUCACCGACGCCAUAACCAAAGGACGACAGAGGAACAUCCGUACACUCUCGUUUAAUUGUUUAAUUCCUUCCUGUCGGGAUUUCCUGACUGCUGGAAAGCUAGCUGCCCGUCAUGGCGCUCAGGCUGCGAGCCAAAAGAUGCAUCGACAAGCUGGCAGUGUCGGGCACGGAGCCGGGCCUCACCCAGACCCAGCUCAUGUUGAUCAAUGAGGAUUUGAAACCAGUCGAACCCGAACGGCGCCAAUGGAGUGCAUGGAACUAUGUCGGAUUCUGGAUUGCGGACUCUUUCAACAUCAAUACGUGGAUGAUCUCCUCCUCAAUGAUCGUGGGCGGCCUGUCCUGGUGGCAGUCCUGGAUCUGUGUCUGGGUGGGCUAUUUCAUCGCCGCCUGCUUUAUCUGUCUGACAGGAAGGAUUGGAGCCACCUACCACAUCUCCUUCCCGGUCGUCACAAGAGCGUCUUUCGGCAUCUGGGGCUCAUUGUGGCCGGUCUUCAAUCGAGCCGCUAUGGCCUGCAUAUGGACGGGAGUCCAGUCAUGGAUUGGAGGUGAAUGUAUCACCCUGAUGAUCACCGCUAUCUGGCCGAGUUACGCACGUCUGCCGAACUCGAUGCCCGCAAGCUCCGGUACGACGACGAAAGACUUUGUCAGUUUCUUCCUUUUCUGGCUGUGCAUGCUCCCGGCCAUCUGGUUCCCCGUGCACAAGAUUCGCCAUCUCUUCACGGUGAAGGCAUACUUUACACCUAUUGCUGGCAUUGCCUUUUUCGCCUGGGCAAUUCAUCGAGCCAACGGCAUCGGUCCCAUCGUACAUCAACCCAGCUCCGUACAUGGAAGUGACCUGGCGUGGGGCGUCAUCAAAGGCAUCAUGUCGUCCAUCGCCAACUUCGCGACCUUGAUCGUCAACGAUCCGGAUUUCUCCCGCUUCGCCAGAAAACCCAGGGAUGCCCUUUGGUCCCAGCUCUUCACCAUUCCAAUCGGCUUCGCCAUCACAUCCUUCAUCGGUAUCAUUGUCUCGUCCUCCGCGACGGUGCUCUUUGACGAGGAAAUCUGGAACCCACUUGAUGUCCUGACGAAAUUCCUCGAAGGAGCCAGUUCCGGCGAACGCUUCGGUAUCUUCAUCAUCUCUCUAGGCUUCGCUCUGGCCCAGCUAGGUACCAACAUCGCAGCCAACACUGUGUCCGCUGGUACGGACAUGACCGCGCUAUUUCCCCGAUACAUCAACAUCCGACGAGGAGGCUAUGUCUGUGCUGUCAUCGCACUUGCCAUGUGCCCGUGGAAAUUACUCUCCAGCUCGAACCAAUUCACCACCUAUCUCUCCGCAUACUCCGUAUUCCUCUCCUCGAUCGCCGGCGUUAUCGUCUGCGACUACUACUUUGUGCGCAAAGGAUACCUGAACAUCAAGGAACUAUACAGUGCGCGCAAGCGCAGCCCUUAUUUCUACGUAUACGGAGUCUCCUGGCACGGCUACGUGGCUUAUAUCUCUGGAAUCCUCAUCAACAUUGUCGGUUUCGUCGGUGCUGUCGGCCGUAAUGUCCCCGUUGGAGCUCAAUAUAUCUACAAUUUGAAUUUCUUCGCAGGGUUCAUCGUCUCCUCUGUGGUGUACUACAUCCUCACGCGAGUGGUGAGGAUUCCUGAGACGAGUGAGACGUGGAAUGAACUCGAUGUCGAUGUCGACAACCUCCAGGUCGCAUACGGCGAGGAGGUUAGCGUUGGUGAGGCCACCGAUGAGGAUGUUGUCAUUCCCGGGGAUCAAAAAGUUAAUAGUUCGACCUCGAAACUUUCUGGGAAAGACAAAAAGGAACCGCCCGUUCAGGAUCUUUUGGUAUAGGCAUGAUAAAGAUAUAUGUGCUAUGGUGUUGGGUCAUGAGAACCAUGUUGGUGGUUUUAUGAAUUUCUGUAUAUACCCCUUUUCGUUUGUAUAGGACUUGUAUCUCUUCUUUGGCUAGUGUUCAGCAAUGAACGCGCUCAUCUUUCGUCACUUGGAAUGAAGUAUCACUAACUAUCCCACUUAAAAGAUAACUGAUUCCCAAACCAUUAUACCGAGCCUAACAUCGAACGAGGACCUCAUUGACCAGAUCUCUCUCUGUUAGUUUACUUAUGAUUAAUUAUAUCCAGCGUCUUGAUGU